AUGCCAGAAGAGGUACUACAGAAUGGCCUGGGGGCCCCUCUAGAGGGGCCCCCCGGCCUUUUAGCUGCUUUAGAGGAGCUCAGCGACCUGGAGGUGCUGCAGCAGCAGCAGCAGGUGCUGCUGCUGCAGCAAAUCCUAGAUGAGAUCAGGGAGAGAAGCAGCAGCAGCAGCAGCAGCAGCAGCUUGCUGUCCCAGGAGGAGUUCAAGGGCCUCUGCAGCUCCGUCCUGCUGUCGCCUGCAGCAUGCAGCAGCAGCACGCGCAGCAGCAGCAGCUGGCGCUGCUGCUUCUCCCGCCUGCAGGCCGCAGCAGCAAGGGCUCUCGCCCAAGAAGCAGCAGCAGCAGCAGCAGCAGCAGCAGCAGCAUCAGAAGGAAGCACGCCCCAGCAGCAGCAGCUGCCGCUGCUGCUGCAGUUUUGCUCUACGCUUCAGGCGACGAUAAAGGGCCUCGGCCGCAGCGCAGCAGCAGCAGCUGUGGGCAGCAGCUUCCUCUCGGUGCUGCUGCUGCUGCCGCCUGCUGCUCUUGCUGCUGCUGCUGCUGCAGACUUCUGCAGCAAAAGCAUAGGGGGUGUCUUGCUGCAGGUGGAGCGCGUCGCUGUUGACGCGUUUGCUGCUGCAGUCGCCCGCCAGAGCCGGCACCACCAGGAGCAGCAGCAGCAGCAGCAGCAGCAGCAGAAGCAGCAGCAGCAGCACGAAGAGCAGCAAAUGCAAAUCGAGCAGCUGCUGCAGCGCCAGGCCCUGAAGCUCCCCUGGGCUAAAGUGCUGCAGCAGCUGCUGCGGGUGUCUCCUAAGGCGAGGGCGCACGCGCUGCAGGUAGCAGAGAACACCAUUAGCAGCAGCAGCAGCAGCAGCAGCAGCAUUUGCUGCUGGCUCCUUUGCUGCUGGGCCUGCGAAGUUCUGCUGCGCAGUAAAGUUAAGGGCGAGACUGCUGCUGCUGCUGCUGCCGCUGCAGCAGCAAAAAAGGAGGCUCUGGAUUUGCGAGAGAAACUCCUGCACUUGUUCCUCCAGGUAACAGCAGCAGCAGCAGCAACGGCAGCAGCAGCAGCAGCAGCACGUGCAGCGGCAGCAAAAGCACGAGAGAGAGAUGCGGCGCUAAUGGCUGCGCUGCAGCAGCAGACCCCACAGCUGCAGCAGCACAGCAGCAGCAGCAGCAGCAGCAGCAGGACUGCUGAUGGCACUGCGGGAAGACUGGGAGGCCCUUAUAGCCCCAGCAGCAGCAAAAGGUUUUGCCCGCUCUCUGGAUGCUGCGGGGCCCCCGCUGCUGCUGCUGCUGCGCCACUCCACUGCAGACACGAGCGGGUACGCUGCUGCUGCUGCUGUUGCUGCUGCUGUUGCUGCAGCUGCCGUUGCUGCUGCGGGUGGUGCCGCUGCUGCGUGGGCUGCUGCUGGGUUGCCGCUGCUGCUGGUGUUGCAUUUGCAGGCGCUGCUGCUGCUGCUGUGCUGCUGCUGCUGCUGCUGCGCAGCUGCCUGCUGCUGCUGCUGCAGGAGCUCCUGCCGACGCUGAAAUCAGCAGCAACACUUGCUCUCUCAGCUCGGGGCCGUGCUGCACUUGCUGUUAGCAUUAUCAAGAGAGCAGCAGCAAACUGCCGCAGCGCAGCAGCACCCUUCACGGCGCAGCAGCAGCUGCUGCAGCAGCUCAACACUCCGGGGCUGAAGACUCUGGAUACCAUCGCUUUGCUGCAGGCAGCAACUGCGUGCACUCCCACCGUUCUCCAGGAGUCAACAGUGUCUGCUGAGGAGCUGCAGCAGCUGCAGCAGCACCUCAGCAGCAGCAGCAAAGUGCAUGCGCUGCUGGCAGCAGACGUGAACGACGACGUGAAGGCCGCAUGCUGCGCUUUGUUGGGUCGCGUGCUGCCGCUGCUGCUGCGGCGCAGCAGCAGCAGCAGCAGCGGCGCUCCCGAGCAGCAGAAGCAGCUGCAGCACCUGCUGCAGCAGGGGCUGAAGCAACUAGGCGCCUUCUGUGCUGCUGCCAACAAAAAGGGAACAGUCUCUGCAGAGCAGCAGCUGCUGCUUGCUGCUGCAGAGGAAACUCUGGAGAGAAUUGUGUCAGCAGCAGCAACUGCAGCAGAAGGGCCUGCAGCAGCAGAGACGCAGCAGGCGCUGCAGCAGCUGCUGCAGCAGCUGCUGCCGCUCCUCAGCGCAUGCAGCACGCGAGCAGCUCUGCGUGCUGCAUCUCUUAGGGCAUGGUCUUUGUGUCUCCUUAUUGAGCAGCUGCCGCAGGGAGCAGCAGCAGCAGCAAAGCAGCAGCUAGACAGUGCACAGACUCCCGCGGUUGCUGCAGCAGCAGCUCUCUGGACAGAAGCAAAUUCAUGCUUCUCCCUCCCGACCCACAAG